AUGAAUUUUUUAAUAAUUUCUAUCAUUGUUGGCUUAAUCGUUGUUUCAAGUUCAUAAUGGCAAUCAUACCAUCUCCUAUAUUCUGAUGUCAAAUUUACCUAUAAAAAUGAUUCAUCAGCCUAAAUGCAUUCAGGAGGCUUUUUGUUGCCAUCUAGAGAAACAACAGCAAAUUUUAUAGAUUGUAAUUCACCUUCAACAACCUAUAUCACUCUAAAUAGCACAUACCCAUAAACAAGAAGUUCAUUUAUGAUAACACUAAAGAAUGGGUAUUUAUUUUCAGUAGAUUUCUACUUUCAAGGUACAUGGACAUCUCAAACAGUUACUAUAAUGAUAAAUUAAGUUUCAUACACAUAUAACUACACUUCCCCUAAAAAUUAUCAAUCUACGUCUGGAUUUUGUGAUGACUUUGCUUAUGAAGUAAAAACAGUUACUUUUACAUAUCAACAGCCUAAUUAAACUUCUGGAUAAUUAUAUUUUACAUCCUAAAAUACAAAUGAUGGAUAAGUUUCAAUUAGAAAUAUUAGUAUUACAUUACCAAAAUGUUAUCCAUCAUGCAAAUAAUGUACAGGUCCCUAAUUCAAUUAAUGUACAAGUUGCUAUUAUGGAAUACCUAUAAAUAAUAUUUGCCUUUCCCAUCCAUCAAUUUUAUAAAAUUUGAAGGAACAUAUAUGCAGAGAUAUUUGUGAUAUUAAUAUUAAUGUUUCAUGUUAAUAUAAUGGAUUUUAAAAAUCCUAUCUAAGUAUUUAAAUUGAAAUAUUUUAGAUGAGACUUGUGUAAAAAAUCAAAUUAAACUAUGUGCUCCUCAAAAUUAACUUUAAGAGGCUGAAAUAUGUAUUCCAAUUCAUGAAGAUUAAAUAAAAAUAUCUGAUGAACAAUAUAAGGAUUAAUUUAUAUAACCUUAUUAGGGUUGUUAAAGUUUCAAAGCUAAAUGUUAAUCAUCUUGCAUUUAAUGUGAUAAUACUGGAUGUGGCUGUUAGACCUGUAAAGUUGGUUACAGGAAUAUUGACAAUGUAUGUUAGUCAAUUUGCUGA